AUUUUUUUGUCAUCGGAUAGAAAGUAACUUAACUGUUGGUGUGUUUAUAACUUGAGUUGAAAAGAUGGAACUCUUUAUAUGGAUUGUAUUGUUGAGUGCUUGUGGAAUAUAUUAUUCAGUUUCUGGACAAGAUACGUCCUUGUCAGUGUGUAAUAGUGAUUGUCCAUUGUCGAAGCGCUGCGUUGAAGAUAAUGUUACAGUUGUUUGGAAGUUACAUUCAAACAAAGAAUGCUUCAACUACUUCGAUUGUUAUGGAAAAAAGAAUAGCGGAGACGAUGUUAAAAAUGGAUUGUUCGUUGGUCGCUUUUAUCCAUUGGUGGUGAAUAUACGAUCAAAUGUGUAUUUUACUGCAAAAUACAAACAAAAUGAUUUUUUGAAACCAUUCACUAUCUACAAUGUCAGUCAAAGGAACUUUAUCUUCUGUCAAAAUGCUACACAAUCAGUGGGUACAUUAACAUCAACUGUGAAGCUACCUGAUAGAUAUGUUGAUAGUGUUGGCCAUAAAUUCUUCAUCAGCAAAGGAAAAAAGAAACCGUAUCUUUCCUGCCAUUUGGGCGUUCGUCUUCACAUGAAUGUUGUCAAUGCCACGAACUGUACCAAUACAAUUAAUGGGAAAGUAUGUUCUGGAAGAGGAAAGUGUAUUACAGAGACCUUUUUUGGAAAUAAUAUGCAUUGCGAAUGUUGUGCUGGUUAUAAUGGAAAGUUCUGUGAAGAAUUAGAUGCGUGUUUCACAGAACCAUGUUAUCGUGGUAAUUGCACUGAUGUUGUUGCAGGACAUAGUGAAUUGUUUAAGUGCGCCUGCGAGCCUGGGUUUACUGGCCCUCAAUGUGAUGUUGACAUUGAUGAAUGUGCACUACCAGAAAAUCAAGGAGUAUGUCUAAAUGGUGGAUUUUGUGAUGAUCGUGUUAAUUCAUAUGUGUGUUUUUGUUUGGGUGAUUAUUAUGGCAAACAUUGUGAACAUGUUUCAAAUCUUUGUGAUUUCAUUCAACCAUGCAAGAACAAUGGCGAAUGUCGUCGUAUUGGCGUGGGUAAAGAAUCAUAUCUGUGUCGUUGUGCCCAAGGAUUUUAUGGCCGUAAUUGUACAUUGAAUUCAACUUCAUCUAGUUUGAUGCCAACCAUACCUAGUGUUUCCAUUUCAACCAUACCUAGUGGUUCCAUUUCAACCAUACCUAGUGGUUCCAUUUCAACCAUACCUAGUGGUUCCAUUUCAACCAUACCUAGUGGUUCCAUUUCAACCAUACCUAGUGUUUCCAUUUCAACCAUACCUAGUGUUUCCAUUUCAACCAUAUCUAGUGGUUCCAUUUCAACCAUACCUAGUGGUUCCAUUUCAACCAUACCUAGUGUUUCCAUUUCAACCACACCUAGUGUUUCCAUUUCAACCAUACCUAGUGGUUCCAUUUCAACCAUACCUAGUGGUUCCAUUUCAACCAUACCUAGUGUUUCCAUUUCAACCAUACCUAGUGGUUCCAUUUCAACCAUACCUAGUGGUUCCAUUUCAACCAUACCUAGUGUUUCCAUUUCAACCACACCUAGUGUUUCCAUUUCAACCAUACCUAGUGGUUCCAUUUCAACCAUACCUAGUGGUUCCAUUUCAACCACACCUAGUGUUUCCAUUUCAACCACACCUAGUGUUUCCAUUUCAACCAUACCAAGUGGUUCCAUUUCAACCAUAUCUAGUGUUUCCAUUUCAACCACACCUAGUGUUUCCAUUUCAACCAUACCUAUUGGUUCCAUUUCAAGCAUACCUAGUGGUUCCAUUUCAACCAUACCUAGUGUUUCCAUUUCAACCACACCCAGUGGUUCAAUCACAACAACCUUUGCCAUCAAUCCGAGUAUGUCAAUUGAAGAUUCAACAAAAUUAUACAGUAGAGCAACUACCACAACAGUUAUACCAUCAGCUUCUGUUGUACCUAUUGAAAACCAAACAUGUGAACACAGGCCAUGUGGUAAACAUGGUGUAUGUCGCAAUCGAAAAAGCUCAACAUCUGGUCUUUCUUUUUACUGUGAUUGUCGUCAUCCAACAGUUGGUCCUGUUUGCACCUUAGACACACAUCUUCAUUUCCCAUAUUUCAAUGGUAACUCCUUUAUCGAAUACAAACCUAUUGCUUUCGGUUCUAUGGUUAAUGUUUUCGUCAUAUCUUUUCGAACGCUUAUUGACGGUACCAUUCUCUUUUCUGGUCAUCCUGUUUAUCGAGAUUUUAUUAAACUAGAGGUUGUCAAAGGGAAUUUGCGAUUCUCUUUGAACGCUGGCGAUAAAGUGAUUUCUGUGACUAGUCCUGAAAUAGUUGCAAAUGGCAAUACAACUUCUGCUAGUUUUGGUUACGACACUCGCGCUGGAACGAUCUUUCUAUUCGUGAAAGGUGGCGUUGAACGUCGUAACACGUCAAGUCGUCUUCUACGUUCCCCUGAUCUUCGCCAUCCCUUAUACAUUGGUGGUAUUGUUCCUACGAUUUACACGAAAAAUUAUCCCAGUAUGAGAGAAGUAAAACCUUUUGUCGGCUGCAUUCGUGAACUAGAAUUCAAUGACCGAAUGUUUGAGCUUUCGGGUGCCGUGAAAUGGGAAAAUAUAUCAGAGUGUGACGUACCUGCUUGUCAUGCAAUGCCUUGUCGAAAUGGAGGUAUUUGUCUUCAGAAAAAUGAAGAUAUUUCAGAUUUUAUUUGUCGAUGUUCUUUUCCAUAUUCUGGUAAAAUUUGCGAGGAGAAAUAUUCAUGUGUUGUAAAUGUCUGUAAUGGUGGAAAAUGUCUGAACACGAGUAAGUCUGGAGUCGAAUGUUUGUGUCCGUUUGGUCGAGGUGGUUUGACAUGCAAUCAAAACAUUGAUGUCAAUAUACCAACAUUUAGCGUAGUGAAGAAUCAUUCUUCAUAUUUACAAUAUCUCACCCCACGUGCUGCUAAUCUUUUACUGGAUCUCCGUAUGGAGAUAAAGUUUUCCAACCACACACAAUCAAGGAGGAUUGGCUUGCUGUUUUAUGUUGGUCUGCACGAUCACCUGUCGGUUGGUAGCGACAGCGACUAUCUAGCCUUAGGCGUUUAUGAGAAUCGUGUAGUGCUCCAAUACAAUCUUGGAUCAGGUGCAGUGAACAUUUCCAGUGAGCCUCUCACCUUCAAUAAAGAAUGGUUCACCAUUUUGGCAGGGAGGAAAGGAAGACAUGGUUAUCUGUACGUGGAUAAAGAUGUCAAAGAAGCACACUCUCCUCCUCCUUUAGUGGGACUUAAUGUGUUUGGAAAUCUUUACUUAGGUGGAAUACCUGAGUUUUCAAUGCUCAACAGCGAGGUACUGUUCACUGAUGGUUUUCGAGGUUCAAUAAAGGAUUCAAAGAUACGCACUGGGUUAUCAAAUUCUUGGCGUUCACUUUCAUUGAAACAUUCAACUAAUACCUCAUUAUCUCUGCCAGUGAUUACGGGAUUAAAUAUCCAGGAACAAAAACUUGACGCAUGUGUUAUCGGUGCAUGUAUGAACAAUGGUACGUGCGAAUCUCUUGGCGCGUCGUACGUUUGUCGGUGUGCUCCGGAAUGGUCCGGAAUGUUGUGCAAUGAUACUUCGGUACCAUGUCGAGAAUAUAAUCCUUGCCAGGGACGAUCUGAGUGUCGCAUACGGGAUACUGGCUUCACAUGUGACUGUCCUUCUGGGAAAGGGGGAAAGCUUUGUCAAGACAAUAUUAACGUAUCAACGCCAUAUUUUGGAGAAUACUCCUAUCAAAGCUUUUCACUAUCAAAGUUUUCCUCUCUCAACAAUGAUGGUCUUACUUCCAUCAAAAUGGUAUUUUCCACUUCAGCGCCCAAUGGUAUUUUGUUUUACGUUAGUCGUUAUUUAACGCCAUCAUCAAAGGAUUUUUUGUCCAUCAUCAUUCACGACAGGAAUGUUUAUUUGAUAUACGAUCUUGGAACUGGUAUUGGAAAAUGCAUAAGUCCUAAUGAAAUAUCUUAUUUUAAAGAGAACGACAUUUUUGUCACCAGAAAACGAAAGUCAGCAAGUUUAGAUUUGAAUGGCAAUAAAACGUCAUGCACAAGUCUUGGCAAUGCCUAUCAACUUAAUAUCGCUGAUGAGGUGUUCAUAGGUGGGAUACCAGACCUUGCUAUGAUACAACCGAUGGCAUAUGAAAAUUCUAAGGAUCUCAGGGACUUUACAGGAUGCAUAAAAGCGUUGGUGAUAAAUGAUAUGUCGGUGGAUUUAACGCAGAAUGGUGUCCUAAAGAGUCGCAAUGUACUAAACUGUGAUAGUAAACGAUGGCGGAAAUAAAGUAUUAAAAUUGUACUUCGUAUGCAAUGAUGUUUAAUUGUGUCAUUAUUAUGUACGUAACAUGAAGUAAUUGCAUCGAGGAAUUCUGAAUUGUGUAAUAUGAUAA